AUGGACGAGAUGUCCCUAUGUCUAAUACCUAUCAAAAAUAAUAAUUGUUAUUCCGCGGUUUAUGCUUUUUCGACGUCGUCAUCCCCCUGGGCCUCCGUCCGCUUGGCCUUGCAGCGUUUCUUUUUCUCUCCGCCCAAAGCCAAAACUUCUCCUUUUGCGGUUUUGAUAGAUAAAUAUCCAAACAGAAAAAAAUUACUCGCUCCCCCCCGACAAAGGAAUUCCAGCAAUGAGCUCUUCUGGUCGCGCAUCCGGGUUCCACGAGGCAUGAAAGGACGACGGUUUACCCUUCUCGCGGGCCUGGCGUCCCUGAUUGUUCUGCUCUUCGUCUUCUAUGCGCCAAAUUCGGACGAGAGGCCUAUCAUACCAGCUCCAAACCCCGGCAAUUCUCCAGCAGCACCGCAACAGCCGCCGCCAGUCGAGUCCUUUGGCGACGAGAAUAUUAGCUACAAUAACCCCGCCGGCUCCACGGGCGAUGAUCUCGCCCAGCAUCCGAUCGAGAGGCUGAUCCAGACCUCCAGAGCGCAGUUCAAGACCACCCAUUCACGACAGUCAAAGACCCUGCAGCAGGCUGCUACCGAGUACCGGCGUCGAUAUGGCCUUCAUCCGCCGCCGCACUUUGACGUCUGGUUCAAAUUCGCCCAGAGCAGAGGCGUUCAGAUGAUUGAUGAAUAUGAUACGAUAUACCACACCCUGCUUCCCUUUUGGGGAGUCAAGCCAAAGACCAUCCGGGAACGAGCAAGGGAAGCUAUAGGCUUUGAGAAUGCCCUGAUCGGACUGAUGAUAAGGGAUGGGAAUGUUACGCUGGUCGACGGCGGCGGAGAAGGCGAGCAGUGGAAGAGGGAUGCGAUCAAGGGGAUGAUGGCGACUUUCGUCAAAUACCUACCUGACAUGGACCUGGCCUUCAACAUACACGAUGAACCGAGGGUCGUCAUGGCGCAUUCUGACCUAUCACGACUAGUCGCCGAAGGGAAGCGGAUGACUGCCUCGAACGGACAGCAGCAGGGGCUCCAUAAUCAGUGGUCUGCACGGCCGGAGGGUUUGAAUAAGGGCGAUAGAAUCGAUGAAGUCAGACGGACGAGAUUCAACAGGUUUGCUCAUCAGCCGACGUGGACGAACUCACGGAUGUCCUGCCCUCCAGAUAGCCCUGCUAGACAGCUGGAGGAUGAACCCGUCGAUAACACGGCACAGUACUCAACGUCUCCCCUCGGAUUCAUUUCUAAUACCACUGCCUUCUCAGACGUUUGUCUGACGCCUUCUCUACGCCAGACUUUUGGCUUCUUCGAACGACCAAACGCCCUUGAUAUAGUUCAUGACCUCUUUCCUAUCUUUUCACAAAGCAAAGUUUCCUCGUUUCAGGAUAUCCUCUACCCAAGCCCCUGGUACUGGAACGGGAACGUCGCCUACGACGCAAAUCAAGACAUGGACUGGUCCACCAAGGAAGACCAGAUGUACUGGCGUGGCUCGACCACAGGCGGCUUCUCACGAGCAGGUGGAUGGCGCAGACAGCACCGUCAGCUCUUCGUACGCAACAUCAACAGCCUCAGCCCCACGAAUAUCCUCGAGAAGAGCCUCGAGACUGGCCGGUGGGCCGUGAAGCAGAUUCAGCGGAACGCCCUGAGGUCUCUAUUCAAUGUGAGCUUUAGCCACGUCGGCCAAUGCGAUCCAGAGGACUGCGAGGCGCAGAAGGAGUACUUCACCAUCGUCAAGCCGGCGAAACAGCAAGACGCAUGGAAGUUCAAGUACCUUGUCGAUAUUGACGGAAAUGCCUUUAGUGGGCGGUACUACGCCUUCCUACUAAGCAAGAGCUUAGUAUACAAGCUUGCUCUCUUCCGCGAAUGGCAUGACGAGUGGCUUCGGCCAUGGGUCCAUUUCAUCCCCCUCAGCUUUAGGGGAACCGAACACUACGAAUCUGUCCGCUACUUUGCAAAGGAAGAACCAGGCAAAGAUGAAGCAAUAGCUAUUGCACAGGACAGUCAGAAAUGGGCACGAAAAGUUUUACGCAAUGAGGAUCUUGAG